AUGAUGAUAAUUUGGAAUGUCCAUGUUGUACGCAAGUAUUUUGUCGAAUUUGUUAUUGAAUCUAGUUGUGAUAAUACAGGUGACGAUCAUUCCUCUCCAAUAUGUUGCAAUAAAGUUCAAUUAUCAGCAUAUCGUACAUCAAGAAUUAUUGAGAAAUUUCAAAAAGAAGGAAUCUCGGCUUUAAAAUGUUUAAAUUACAAUUCAAUACAAGAGAAACAUAGAUUAUGCCUUGAUCCAAACUGUUCAGCUUUAUUUUGUUAUGAUUGUUGUCAAAAAAAAGUUGAUAUGUAUGAAAGUAAUGCUGUUAUAUAUUAUUCUCGUCGAAUAAUUGAAUAUCAAAUAGCACAAGAAGCAGAAUCAAAAUUAGCAGUAUCUUUAAAAAGUGAAUCAUUGCCAAAUACUGUAUGGAAAGAAGAAGAUUAUUUACCUGAAAAAGGAACAUUAAAAGAAAAUCAUAAUCGAAUUAUAUCAGUUAUUCAAUUCAAUGAUGGUCAUAUUCAAUUUAGUAAUAAAAAAGAACAUUGUCCACUAUUAAUAACAAAUGAACCACCUGAAUAUACUUGUCCUGAAAGUCUUCGAUUGAGUUAUUGGAAUACUGAUAAUGAAAUAAAUCAAUGGAAAGAUGAUAAAAACAUUCAAUUUUAUCAAUACAACCAGAGUUCCGUUGCAACCUAUAUACCACAUUUUUCAGAUUUCACUGUUCGUAACUGUCGAUUUCAAGAAUGUGUUAUGUUAGAUGUGGCAUUUCUUGACGGAAUGUACGACUAUGGUUUUACAACAAUAAAUGAUGCCCGUAAAACUUUUCAACGCGGUCCAGAACCUUACACGCGACCAUGUGGCUGGUAUAGAAAAGCUAUUAAAGUACUAGGUAAAUAUGAAAAUUCUAAAUGGUUAGGAACAGAUGUAGAUGCAUGGCCUGUAGCUUAUCACGGUACUGCAACCGCCAAUACUUUAGACAUAUUAUGUAAUGGUUUAUUGACUGGCGGUAGUAGUGGCAUACCUAUCACUAAUGGUGCUGUCUAUGGUCGUGGCAUAUAUUUAUCACCUAAUCCAUUAUAUUCCGGCACUCAACAUUAUGCUAAACCAACACCAUAUAAAGGUCGACAACAUCAGGUUAUGUUUCAAAACGGUCAUCAUCAACAUUCAAGACAUUACUUGUCACCUUAG